AUGUUGAACAAUAUGGAUUUGAAUUCUAAAGAUUCCUUCUACACGCAGUUUGAGAAAUGCAACAGUUCUUCCAUAAGCGCGGAGAAAGACGCGCGGAAAGACAGCCAGAAGGUGUUCGGAGAGGCAGAGAGAGGGACACCUGCCCACUUUCGCCAUGAGGGAGUCCCCAUCACCCUCAAAACCGAACCCUCCAACUCGGAAUUUGCGUUCAACCCCUGCGAGGGGCCCAAAGACACCUACAGCAGCCCGUCCUCCCUCACAUACUCCGGCAGCUUCUACGUGGAGGGCUGCCACACGGCGCCGUGCAACACGGAGACCCUGCUCAACAUGAUCACGGAGAUCGUGGGCAUAUCCACGUUACCCAUGUCCGAGGUGCAACAGGGAGACGGGGGGCGGGGGGGCACCUACCGUCUACCCUCGCCGAUUUACCCAUCCAUGGAAAUUCGAGUACCGGACUCCAAUAGACACACCCGCACGCCACCACCAGCCCCCGUGUAUGCGGCCGGCGACCAGCCCGCCGGCCAGAGCCAAGCCUCGGCCACCUCCCAGCUCGGCUUCGGUGCCUCCGAGGUCCCGAACCUGAAGGACGCGCUGGAGCCAAAGUCCGAGGCCGCGUCCUUCCCCGUGGUGGUGAAGAACGAGUUCGAGAGCAGCUGCUACGAGUGGGUCUAUUCAAGCAUGACUACUUAUAACUAGCUUUUCCUCCAGACCGAGAUCUUCCCGAUGUCCAGCGAUUUCCCGCCUGAACAGCAUAUGGAUGUAAAGGAACUCUUGGACACACUUCCACCCAUUUACCCUAACCCGGAGAUGGAGUUUAAAGUUGAAGGGGGCACUAUCAAGCAGGAGCCCUGCUUCUCCGACACAUGCUCGCACAGCUACCCCAACUCUUUGUACACGUACACGGGCCCCAGCAUGGGCCCCUCCUCGAACCUGAAGCCAUCCCCUUUCCCGGGUGACCUGCAAUCACCUUUGACCCAGUGCGACACUUUGUACACCUCGCCCGCCUUGCCGAGCACCAUAGACUCCAUCCUCUACUCUUCUCUACUGCCCGACUCCUUUGCACAGAGUUACAGCCGUCCGACGAAGCCCCCGCGGGCCCGGAAGAGUCCCGCCGCCGCGUCCAACGGCCCAGCCAAGGAGAAGCCGUUCACUUGCCCCAUGGAGAACUGCGACCGGCGCUUCUCCCGCUCCGACGAGCUCAACCGACACAUCCGCAUCCACACGGGCCACAAGCCCUUCCAGUGCCGCAUCUGUUUGCGCAGCUUCAGCCGCAGCGACCACUUGACCACCCACACCAGGACUCAUACGGGCGAGAAGCCCUUCUCGUGCGACGUUUGCGGCAAGCGCUUCGCGCGCAGCGACGAGCGGAAGCGCCACGGACGCGUGCACCUGAAGCAGAAGGAGAAGAUGGAGCUAAAGCCACCUGUAACCAGCAGCACGUGGCCUUUCACCAUCCCCGAGGGGAUCUGA